CUGUCAUCCGGCUGUAGCGGGAGAGGCGUGCGUGAUAGGACUAUGUUCAUGUCAUUUCGUCGUAGUUACAUGUCUAUUAUGCCUACUAUGUGGAAUUACUGAUUUUUCAUCUAAGCUAACCUAAAAGUCAAAGAAAAAAAAGCCGGUUCAAUUUUAGAGAGCACCAUUUCAAAGAUGGAUCCCAUAACAAAGUGGACUUCUAAACAAGUUGUAGAUUGGAUAAGAGGCCUGGACGACAGCCUACAGCAGUAUGUCCCGUACUUUGAGCGUGAGAAGAUUGACGGGGAGCAGCUGUUGAAGAUCUCCCACCAGGACCUGCUAGAACUGGGUGUGACCAGGAUUGGACACCAGGAACUGGUGCUGGAGGCAGUCGACCUGCUCUGUGCUCUGAACUAUGGGGUGGAGACAGACAACCUGAAGACUCUGGUAGGUCGUAUGAGAGCGGCGUCCAACAACCUCCACAACUCAGCGUCGGAGCGCAGAAAGAACCCGUUGUACGAGGGCAAGAAGUCCCACAAACCCCCCAAUGACUUCCUCACUGCUGUCGUGGAGCUCAUUGGAGCAGCCAAGAGUCUACUGGCCUGGUUGGACAGGACUUCUCUGGCGGGGAUCAGUGACUUCACCUGCACUAAGAACAGGAUCAUUCAGCUGUGUCUGGAACUCACCUCCACCGUUCAGAAGGACUGCACAGUUUAUGACAUGGAGGAGAAGAUUCUGGAAGUGUCUGUGGCUCUGAACGUGAUCAGUGAGCAGACGAUGAGGACGACCUCUGACCCCCAGAAGAGUCAGAUGGCCUGUCUGGAGGAGGUCCAUAUCAAGAACAUCAGACCUAGGGAUGGACUGGGGUUGUAUAUCAAAUCCACCUACGACGGGCUUCACAUCAUCACUGGAACCACAGAACAUUCUCCAGCAGACAGAACACACAGGAUCCACGCAGGAGACGAGGUCGUCCAGGUCAACAAGCAGACAGUGGUGGGCUGGCAGCUGGACAACCUGGUGGGUAAGCUGAAGGCGGACCCAGCAGGCGUUACUCUGGUGGUGAAGAAGAGGCCCUCGGGUACCUUUAGCUUCACCCCGGCCCCCCUGAAAAACAUGCGCUGGAGGCCCCUUCUGGUGCAGAGCGCCCUGAGUUUGCCUAAGAUCCAGUCUCCAAAACAUGCCAGUGAAGCCCGCAUGAAAAAAGAACAGCCAGCCAUUCUGGACCUAUUUAUUCCUCCUCCCCCCACUGUACCCUAUACCCCACGAGAUGAGAAGCCUACAGCCAGUGUCAAACUGAGACCGAAGGGUUCACAGUCUCCAAACUCCUUCCUGGAUGAGGGCAGACGGCGCUUCACCAUUGCAGACUAUGACAACAAGAUCAGAAUCUGCCCCCCUCCUGAGCCCAACCUCCAACCAGCCCAACCAGCCCCAGUAGCCCGCCUGAGACAACGGACAUCCAGACGGGGUAAACCACGGCCCCUGUCCAUGCCUGUAGACUCGUGUUUGGGCAUGUCUGAUUCAUCCUCCAGACCCUGGCCCCAAGGGAGAAAAGGAGAGGACAUCCUGCACAGAUACCUGAGUAACGAGCGCAUCGCCACCAUCUCUGAGGAGGCCUCGUUCUUCCCCCUACCUUACAGACCCCUGGAGGGGCGAUCUGGCCAGCUGGUCCGUGGCGUCGACCACAUCCGGGGCUCCCAGUGCUUCAUAAAUGCUGAUCUGCACAACAGCGCCACCAUCCCCUACCAGGAGGCAUCGUCGAAAAAGGUGCCGGCUACAAUUAUGACCCCGAGAGCUGCUGCUACUCCCAAACGCCCCCCGUCUGAACCCUCUUCGAUCCUGGGGGGCUGGCUAGCCCGCCUCAGGCUGUUGAGUCGUCCCAUAGGUAGGCUUACCAUAGGUGAUUCUGUGAUGAGCCGUCGCAAGGUGUCUUUGAAGGAGCUGGGUCAGGUGGACUACCAGGGCUGGCUCUACAAGAAGAAGGAGAGCAAGGGCUUCCUGGGAACAAAAUGGAAGAAGUACUGGUUUGUUCUGAAGAAGAUCUCCAUGUACUGGUACACUGGUCAAACGGCUGAGAAAGCAGAAGGAUUCAUCCACCUUACAAACUUCACUGUCGACCAAGCAACAGAGUGCAAGAAAAAGCAUGCUAUGAAGGCCAGCCAUCCACAGGUUGUGACACUCUACUUUGCCGCCGAGAGUCUGAGAGAGAUGAACAAGUGGCUGUCUAAGCUGUCAGCAGCAGCAGCAGCAGCUCCACUGGACGAGUCGUCAGAGAGGAACACUGGGGAGUGCUACAGUGAGGAGAGUGACCAAGAGGAGGUUGAGUCACUGGAGACAUCAGAGGCUUUCGACUCUGAGCAGCUGACCAUAGACUCUGUUAAUGGAGAUGUCCCCCCAUCUUGCUCCACCUCGUCCCCAUGUCACUCCACUGACCCCAUGUCUGCCCCUGACAGCAUUGAGACUUCAGAGAGCACGGAGUCCUGGCUGGAUGUCCCUUCUCCAGAGGGGGCAGUGGGACAGGUGCUGUCCCACUGGGAGGAGGAUGGACCGGGGGCUGAGGCUCAGGGAGGAAAGGAGGAGGGCACAUCUGAUGAAAUGGAGGCACUGUACAUCCAUCUGAAGCAUGCCAGACUAUCUCCAUCUGGAGAACUGAAGAGGGACUUCAGAGCGUCAUUCAUUCAACGCUGCAAAAAUGACAGAGUCAAUGAGAAGCUGCAUCUGGUUAGGACCCUCAACAGCACUUUAAAGGCAAAAGAAGCCGACCUGUUGGCUAUAGAUCACGUGCUGGCAGAUCCCCUUCUUACUGCACAGAGGUAUCGUCAAUGGAGGGUUGGGAACGUGGCGCUACUGCAGGAGAUCACUCAUCUCAAAAUGGGCCCACCAGGUGGCAGCAGAGAGCAGUCUUUCCCCCUCGAAGCUACACGGACCCACUGCAUCGCUGAAACCAGUGUGUGACCAACACAGAACAAUGAUAGGCAUAGAGGCAUCGGAUACGAUUCUCCACGGCCCCUAUUUAAAAAGCGGCUCAGUUUAGGAGUGUUGAUCUAAGAUCAGCCCCCACCCCUUAAGGCAAAACUGAUUUUAGAUCAGCACUACUCUGAGAUACUUUUUGAGUAGGAGCCCAGGCAUGCCCAUAAACAAAAAAACAACAGCAUUGUAUGCCUUAUUUUAUCGAGAAUAUUCCUGAAAAAGUGCCGUGGAUAUUCCUAUGCUUUCUUGUAUGAAUGGUUAUCCAUGUUUCUUACAGUCUUUUAAACACGUUUUCUUUUAUGACAUGUGCAGUAUAGUGCCACUUAGGGAUUUUGGGAAUAAGAUGCUCCCUCUUUUAAAGGGAAACGUAAUUAUAAUGGCACAUUUUGCAUUCCUUUAGAUGUAUGAUGUAUCCUAUCACUGGGUACGGAUUGGGUGUUAUUACUAUUUUUCUAGUCACCAUUGUUUGUAACACUGAUAUUAGGGAAGUUUGUUCUAGGUACACACCUUGUUCAAUUAGUUUCACAUCACUGAGACUGGCCUAAGUAGAGUUUGUCUAAAUAACUUUUUCUUUCAUAAGUAAAUCAGCAUUGACUAAAUUAUGUUUUUAUUUGUUUUUAAUAUUUUAUCAUUCAAACUUUGUAAAUAUUUUGUACAUUGUGUAUGGUUUUGUGGAAUGAACUUGUACUGUUUGCAUGUUGUAUGAAUUUAACAUGCAUAUGCUAAACAAAUAAAGUCAGAGCUUUUUUCUAA